UCGCGCUUUUAUCCAUUCCACCAUGCUUCUACAAGAAAUUGGCAGUUACAUAAGAUAAACCCCUCAAAAACCACCAAAUAAAAGAAAAACCAGAAAUCCAGCAAACACUGCUUCAACAAUGGCGAUUACCGGCGACAUGGCCGCUUUUUCUCUCUCCAAAACCUUCUCUCUCACCACUCCUUUGCCGCAAAAUUCUCGAACCUUCUCUUUUCUUUACUCUCUCUCUCCUCUAAAUUCUCUUUCUAUCUCUAACUCCUUCCUUAAACCCUCCCUAAACCUCCAUUUUCGACCUUCAGCUCUUCGUUCUCCGUCCUCUAAUGGCGGAAUUGACGUACCUGGUGAAUUCCAAGCAGAAGAAGAAGAAGGAGAAGACGAAGAAGGAGAAGAUGAUGAGGAUGAGUUUUUGGAUUACGAAGGUUAUCAAAGUGAGGGAAGUGAUGAGGAUUUCGUCAUUGAUGAAGAAGAGCUUGAAGCUGAAGCUAGGCUUGCUGUUCGCGAGUUUUCGACGUCUUUAUCUCGUGAAUUGAGGAUUGAGGAAGACGAGGCAAGUCUUCGUGGAGAAGUGGGUGGAAAACAAAAAGGGCGGAAAAUUCUACCUAGAAGUAUACCUGACCAUCUUCUUCCGAAGGUUGCAAUUUUUGGAAGGCCAAAUGUUGGUAAAUCGGCAUUGUUUAACCGUCUUGUGGGGGGUAACAAAGCAAUUGUGGUAGAUGAGCCUGGGGUUACUAGGGACCGUUUAUAUGGAAGGUCUUUUUGGGGAGAUCAUGAAUUCAUGGUUGUAGAUACUGGUGGAGUUGUGACAUUAUCAAAAUCACAGGAAGAUGUUGUUGAGGACUUGAAUGUAUCCACAACUAUAGGUAUGGAGGGAAUCCCAUUGGCUGCUAGGGAGGCCGCUGUGGCUAGAAUGCCUUCCCAAAUUGAGAGACAAGCAGCUGUAGCUGUUGAAGAGUCAUCAGUCAUCAUAUUUGUUGUUGAUGGUCAGGCCGGCCUAACUGCAGGUGAUGUGGAGAUAGCUGAUUGGCUACGUAAAAACUUCUCAAAGAAGAAUAUUAUUCUUGUUGUUAACAAAUGUGAAUCUCCCAGUAAAGGGCUAAUGCAGGCAUCAGAAUUUUGGUCUUUGGGGUUGUCGCCUAUUCCUAUAUCUGCUAUCUCUGGAAGUGGAACUGGGGAGCUCCUUGACCUCGUAUGUUCUGGGCUGACAAGAGUGGAGGAGCCUGUUGAUCUUGAAGAAGAAGAAAAGUAUGUUCCUGCUAUUGCGAUUGUGGGCAGGCCAAAUGUUGGAAAAAGCAGCAUUUUGAAUGCAUUGGUUGGAGAGGACAGGACUGUUGUGAGCCCAAUCAGUGGUACUACUCGUGAUGCUAUUGAUACUGAAUUUACAGCACCAGAUGGCCAGAAGUUUAGGCUUAUUGAUACUGCUGGAAUCCGAAGAAAAGCAGCUGUUGCAUCUUCAGGGAGCACGACUGAAGCUUUAUCUGUUAAUCGAGCCUUUCGUGCUAUUCGCCGCUCUGAUGUUGUCGCUCUGGUGAUUGAGGCAAUGGCCUGUAUAACAGAACAGGACUACAAGAUUGCAGAACAAAUUGAAGUGGAAGGGAAGGGUUGUUUGAUUGUUGUGAAUAAAUGGGAUACAAUACCAAAUAAGAAUCAGGAGACAGCAAUGGUGUAUGAGCAAGAUGUUAGACAGAAGUUACGCAGUCUUCAUUGGGCCCCCAUUGUAUAUGCAGCUGCAAUAUCUGGUCAAAGUAUCGAUAAGAUCAUUGUUGCUGCCAGCAUAGUAGAGAAAGAGAGGUCAAGGAGGCUAAGUACAGCCACAUUGAAUCAAGUUGUCCGAGAGGCUGUGGCUUUUAAAGCUCCACCAAGGACUCGGGCAGGGAAGAGGGGACGUGUUUAUUAUUGCACACAGGCUGCUAUCCGGCCUCCCACAUUUGUUUUCUUCGUCAAUGAUGCGAAGCUCUUCUCUGAGACAUAUCGUCGCUAUAUGGAGAAGCAAUUGCGUACAGAUGCUGGAUUUGCUGGUACACCGAUUCGUCUUUUAUGGCGCAGCAGAAGGAAAUCUGAAAAAGAUGCAGGAAACACAACAAAGACACGAGCAAAGCAUACAAAAACUAAAAGAAAAGAAGUCGUAACUGUGUAAUUACUUUUCACUAGACAAGCUGCGGGCAUCCCUAAACAACAAUCAGCAUCGUAAGUGCUGCUUUGAGAACUUCAGCUUGGUGGUCUAGUUGAGGAUCCAAGAGACAAUUGGUUCAUUAAGGGCUUUGAGUUCUUCCCUAAUUGGCACUUUUUCAUGUCAUUACACCGCUUCAUCCCGAUUACGAUUUAUGAAGCCUCAGCUGUUAAAUUCUCUGCUGAGAGUGGUUAAGUGGCAUGAUAAAUCAUAAUCAAAUCAGUAGGACAGUAUUGGUCGGGUUUGUAACAUGGGGAAACCUUACUAAUUAUGGUACAGUUGUUACACUUGGUAGUGAUGGUUUUAAAUGUAGGGUUUUUAUAAUAUAUAAUCUACUAAACGAUAAUUGUAUGUAGCUUAUGUUGAUAUUUUGAGCUGUAAUAUAGUUGUUACAAAUACCUUAAGUUAGGAUUUUAAUGAGCCAAAUGGAGCGAAUUAUACGAGACUGAAUUUUCUACUCUUUCA